AUCCAAUCAAACAUUGUCUACGAAUUUUGUCACUUUUAUUUCCUUAUAUUUUGCACGUUCACGGAAAAGUUUGAACUUCUAAAUAAUAGUUUUGAACGUUUCGAAAUUCAUAAAAUUGCACGUUGAUAAAGUCAAAAUAACGAUUUGCGGCAACUUAAGAAUUUGUUUUGUUAAAAUUAUAAUUUUUUUUGUAGUUGCAAAUGUAAUGUGGCCUAGUUGGAGAAGGCAAAUGAAGUAGGAAAUGGUGUGAAAUAUUAGUCGCUUUAAAACCAACUUUUUUAGGAGUGCGUAUGGCACGAGAACUGUAUAUUGCUAAUUAUUCAAUCAAUAAGAGCUUAUUCACCUUCCUCAAAGAAGAAAUGCAACUAAACGACUAUUUCUAGGCAAAAAACUGAUUCAUACGAGAUUGGUUGUAUUUACUUGAUAACAAUCUUCAAAAAAAAGCAUUUAAGAAACGAGCUUACGGCGCGAGCUGAAUCGCCUCACAAUUGUAUGAAUGUAUAUAUGUAUGUACGUAUGCGGUGGCUUCCCCAACCUUGAUAAUUGUUAACAGUAACCUAGACAACGAGGGGCCUUAAUAACAUAGCUAAAAGCCGUGUAUACAACGGUUUAGGUAACGGCUUCCGCGUCCUCUGCUUGACUAGUGAUAAGACACAUGAGCGAAUGAACUCUGUGUGCCAGUGAAGAUAGCUAAAAAAUCGAAACGAUAAUAAGGCGUGUAAGGGUUCAUGGUAAAAGCAUAGUUGAUGCCAAUGACAUCACAAAUAUAACUACAUACAUAAAUCACACAGAAAAAUAUGUGGUAGUGUUACAUUGCUUUCACACCAACUUGAUCCAAGUUAUACUUCUGGUAUUCCCGUAUUUCUUUUAUCUAUAAUUUAAAUCUACAGAAAUACGAUUAUUAGCAUACCUACUCGAAUGUGCUAAAGGUUUUCAAUUAUAAUCGCUCAAAUAAUGGCCGGUGGCGCUGCCUCCAUAUCACAGGGUGGCCCUGAAAACCGUGCUAACCCAACGUGUGCAGUUUGUGCAUCAACAGCAUAUUCACGUAAUGCAAAUAAUGAUAAUUUUAUGCAAAUUAUACAUUCCGAAGCAUUGAUGAAGGGUCUAAAUGCGUUACGUUGUGCAGAAAAACUAUUUGAUGUUACCUUACUGGUUGAGGGGCGUACUUUUAAGGCACAUCGUGUUGUAUUGGCUGCCUGUAGUGAUUAUUUUUGCGCCAUGUUCACUGAUGCCAUGAGAGAAGCUCACCAGUCUGAAAUAAAAUUAAAUGGCAUAAAUGCGCAUGGCUUAGAAUUGCUUCUGGAAUAUGUCUACACAUCCAAGCUGGAGCUAGAUCGUAAUAAUGUGCAGGAUGUUUUAUCUGUAUCGACGCAUGUUCAGAUGAAGGCAGCUAUCGAUGCUUGUUCACAUUUUCUUGAGUCACAAAUCGAUUUGGACAACUGUGUUGCGAUUGCUGCUCUAGCUGAUUUGUAUUCACUGGAGCCGUUGAAGAAAAAAGCGUAUCGUUACAUGUGUUCACGCCUUGAUGAAUUUGCUCAGACACCGGAUCUGCUGAGCCUCACAUUGGAUCAAUUUGAGCACGUUCUCGCAUGUAAUUAUCCAGUGGAUUGUUCGGAACAACGAGUUCUUGAAAUUGUUUUCGAAUACUGUUUGGAGACGGAUUUGAAACCAGAGUUAACACGACGUCUUUUCGGAAAGGUACAAUUUCACCAAAUUGGUGCCUGUGCAAUAAAUGCAAUGAAGUCCAAAGGAAAUACGAGUCUCGAAUCUAAUAUUAAUGCGCUUACAUUGGCCUACUAUCGGGUAUUGAAUGACGAAAUGCUAAAGCAAGAGAUGGGUAAAUUGCGUUUAGCUGAUACUUAUGCGGAUGACUUGCUCUCGGCUGAGGUACUCACAAAUACGCGUGGAAUGGAAUUGGCUUUGGUGAAGAUUGGCGGUUUUGAAACAAAUGGGUUAACUAAUCGCAUUAGCUGUUAUUUGCCAUCCAAAGGCAAAUGGGAAAGCCUCACUGUAAUACCGCAUAUCGAACAAUGCAACUAUGGGACAGCUGUGCUGGGAAAUGAUUUAUACGUUGUAGGUGGCUCGUAUGAUGUCUGCCUCAAGGAGUAUAUCCAUCCCUUUGGUUUUCGCUAUUGCCCCGCCAAAAAUAAAUGGAAAACGAUUGCGCCUAUACAAGCGGACCGUUGUCGAUUUUCGCUAAAUGCUAUGGGUAAUAACUUUUUGUACGCCGUCGGAGGAGUAUGUGAGCUUAAUGAGAAUGAUGGUGGCGCCGAGCUUUGGGCACACGACAUGGCUGUUUCGAAUUGCGAACGUUACGAUGCGAACGCUGAUCGUUGGGAAUAUCUGCCAGCGCUGUCAGAGAAUCGAAGCCAGCAUGCCGGCGUCGUUUUAGGAGAUCAAUUGUAUAUAUCAGGUGGCAUUGAUCGACACAUUGUGCUUGCUUCGCUUUGGCGUUUCGACACUAAAUCGAGCAAGUGGCAUAAACUGUGUCGGAUGCCGACACCACGCGCCGACCAUGUUUUGAUAGUCUUUGAUGGACAUAUUUAUGCUUUUGGUGGUUGGUAUGAAGAUCCUGUGACAGAAAUGCGAGUAUUGGCCGAUGCGGUGGACGUAUAUGAUACGACCACCGAUCAGUGGACGACCGAAUCACACAAUCCCUUGCCAAAGUACUAUACCGGCGUAGCGGCAGUCAAAAGAAAAGUGUAUUUUAUUGGCGGAUUGCUCUCUACGGCCACAAUAAAUCGUGCCACUUCAGCCGUACAAUGUUACGAUUUGGAUACUAAACAAUGGACCUUCAGUUCGGAGUGGGAAUACCCGAAAGAAGUUUGGGAAAGUACAUGUGCGGCUUUUUAUGUGCCACGCGAACGUGAUAACGUGAAGUACUAUUGGGAUGAUGCCUAAAGGGGAAAAUUAUAUGAAUCGGCAGUAAAAGAUUUAAUUUAUUUACAAAGUUUAUUAAUAGAAAUAUGUAUAAAAAAUACUCAUGUGAAAUGUAAUGCUUCUGGCUGCAAAUUUUGCUUCGUGAAAAAUUACCUAAGUGUAAACGUAAAUAAUGAAAAUAUAAAAAUUUGCGAUUUUAUAAAAAUAAAAAAUUGCUAGAGUAAAACUAAAGCAAAUUUGAAACGAUAA